UGAUAGAAACACGUCACCGAUAGCAAGACAGUGCCAGCAUGGCGUUUACUCUCUAUUCUCUAAUCCAGGCAGCUAUUUUGUGUGUAAAUGCAGUUGCUGUCCUCCACGAAGAGAGGUUCCUCAGCAAAAUUGGCUGGGGAGCAGAUCAUGGAAUUGGAGGAUUUGGUGAUGAACCAGGAAUUAAAUCACAACUUAUGAACCUCGUUCGGUCUGUAAGGACAGUUAUGAGAGUACCCUUAAUAAUUGUGAACACUGUGGCUAUUGUUUUGCUGCUGCUGUUUGGAUAGAUCAAGAGAGCAAGAAGAGGAGAAAGGCCAGCACCUUGGACUCCAUUUAAAAACAAAAAUCUGGAAACCUAAGGCUACUUUUUUUUGUAAUAAUUGUUUUGAUAUUGCUAGAUAUGUCUGAUACAGUCAGCAUCUCUUCUUCUGUAACCUUGUCCAGCCUUUUUAUUUUAACAUCGAGUGGGAUCAGCAAGCCGUAUAUAACAUUUUGUGAACCUGAUUAAAAUAAGUAUUUGAAAAAUAAUAAUAUACAGUGCAGGAUUUAUUUUGUAAAUUUUUCAGCAGUAACCAGCUCCUUUUUCUAGUAAUCAAUACUUUAUAAACAAACCAAAACGAGCUUGGUAGUGGAACAGCUUGGUGAACAGUAAAUAGCACGGAACAUUCAAAUAGCUUGGAUAAUAAUAACCAACUUGAAAGUACCAUUUGUUUUUUGUUUUUUUUUGUUUUUUUUAAUGCUCCUGCAGAAAUAAAUUGUGCAUUGUAAUCCCACCGGUUUUGACACACUUUUUACAGCGCUGCUGUGGAUAAUUCAUUCACAUUGUUGUUUUUCUCAUUUAAAAUUUUGUUCAUGGAGAAACGGCUUACUGUAGGACUUAAAUAUGGUGUCUGGCCCUUGGGCUAAUAAAACAUACUGAGAGCUUUAGAUGAGUAUUUUAUCCUGUCAGAUAAACGCAGAAGCUCUCCAGUCCCGAGGUGUUAUGAGUUUGUCAUGAAAUGUCAAGUCUGGUAUUAUAUUUUUAUACCAUUGUCAAUAUUUUCAUUUUAAAGGCAGCAGCAAGCUAUUUUCCAUGAAAAACAUUUUAAGUAAAAACAUCACACUGAGCAAAUCCCUUUUAGAUUUGUGGUUAAGAUUGAAAGCGCAAGUAUAAUGUUUUAUUAUGUUGUCGGAUAGCUCUCAGGGAUACCAGUUACUAAAUACCUACACAAAUUGAGUGCUUCUUGAGGGGAUUAUUUUUAUUCACUUGAAAAAUAUGGAUAGGGAAUCUAACAACUUAAACAAGGAACUAUCUCAUUGUGUAAAAAUGUUAAGAAGAUAUUCAGCCCCAAAAGAAAACGUGUGAAGCAUUUUUUUCCCAGAUAGUUUCUUACCAUUCGCUGUGCUGCAUUGGUUUUGUCCAAUUUUCAUUUCAGUUUUUGUAUGGUUUUAAUAUAAUGUGUCUCAAAUUGUUCAUGUUACAUUGCAUUAGUCUCAUGCCAUUAAGUAUUACACAGCAGUUUGCAAUUGCAGUUUGCUGGGAUGUGUAUUUUUAAUAUUAAUUGUGAAUAAAUAUUCAAGAUAA